UGAACUCUUGUGCUAGUUCAGAUGGUCGCCCGCGUACGGAUCGAAUCCUGUUGGUCGCAUCGUCUUUCGCACGUAUUUUUAGUUUUUGCUGUACUUCUAGGGCUAAGUGUUGGUAUCAACUUGCUAUCACAGGGUCUGGGCGCGGUGUGGUGAUGAUCGCGUAUCACCUUGUUGAUACAGAGUUCACUACUUCUCAAACUCACAAGUAGCCCGAAAGCAUGUUGCGACGCCGACACACUAAAAGCAAGACCCCAGGUGGUCAAUAUGGAUGGCAUUCGCCGAUGAGCUCAUUGUAUUUAACAACUGCUCGCUCUACCUCAAGCCGCCCCCAGACAAACCGCAGGAGCAUAACAUCCAUCAUGUCCUCCACUGCAAAAGCCUGCGUUGUUGUUUUGCUGACCAGCGAAUUAACCUCGUUGCUGGCACUGCCUGCCGCGGCACAGGAAGUAUCAGUAGAGAAAACCAGCGACCGUACAACUAGUUCUCCUGGUACAACCGGUGUCUCUUCCACCUCUGCUUCAUCCGCAGCUUCGCGUUACAAGCCGAAUCGCGCGGCGCAUGAAGACGUUGUGCGAGGUAGCGGUGGGCAGGAUGAAAACCACGCGGCACAUGAUCAAGUCGUGGACCAUCGCAGGGACGCCAAGCUGACCGAUGUUGAGAUGAUGAGCGAGGUGCGGGAAUAUGAAGAGGUUAAACAGGCAGCAGAGAUCGACGAGAAGGAAAAUCAGCGACUGGCCGAGCUCGCGCGACAGCGACAGCGACAAAAGCAGUUGCAAGAUGAAAUAGCCAUAGCGGAGGAAGACGAGGAAAAAGAACGGUUCGAACACGCAAAUGUCCAUCAAUCUGACCGAAAGCUCGUGGAUUAUCAUCAUCCAGGAGCAGCACCAGUACCAGUAGCUGUUGCAGCAGAAGCCGCAGAACCAGAAGAUGGUGCCAAAGCCAAUCCCACCUCGUCCGCGCUGCUGCAGCUGAAGAUGACCAAACAGAUCGGCACACUGAAAAACACCGCCGACCCAAAUGCCACAGACAGAAGUGAACAGGCGGCAAUGAAUGCGGUCAAAGCUCCGGACGACGACGAAGUGACGGCGGCCGCGACGCCUGCGGACGCGGAGCACCAGCGAAACGAAGUGCUGCACGAAAAGAACCAACUGAAAAAGCUCUCGGAGUCUGUGCAGGCCCGCAUGAAGGUCGUAAACGCCGAUUUUUCCUGUUUGACGCACGUGUGCAGUGUGACAUUCCCCGAAAGUCCCAGCACGCCGAUCAAAUACACGCUGGAUGUGGACAUCAAGUGCGAGAACACCGCGGAUUGCAAGGUGAAGUGCUGUUCCUACAUGUACUGCUAUGUCAACGUGGACAAGGACGUGGUCGUGGACUACAUGCUGAGUGGCAUGUCCGAAGCAGUUUCGAAGCGAACGCAACUCAUGUUUGACGCGUGCCGUGACGAGAGGAUCGUGAAGAACGUCGAUGUCCCCCAGUACCAAAGUGACGACGGACAAAUCAGUUCCGAUCGCUUCAUGGAGCUCCAAAACUUCGUUUCGCCGCAUGACUGCUACCACCGGACGGGGUUUUUUCACUUCCCGGUGAUCGGACCGGAAUCGAAGCAGUACCUGCGAAGUCUCAGCACCGAGGACGGCGUUAAAGCAGUGAAGCACAGCUUGCCGCGCGCGCAACCGCUCACCCGCGAAAACGACUUGAAAAAUUUGGAGGACUCUGACGUGUUUACGGACAUCAAAGAAAAAGCGAAUCCGCAGCCUGACGACGCCAGCAACUUCGAUUUUGCGCUCCGGGGAUCCUACACCAUCAGCUCCACAACCUACGCAUGGGAGGAUCCUCUUCUGAAAAUUGAUUCGCACGGCCUCGUCGGCGACAUCAACAACGAGGACGAGAAUAGCGGGAAAACACAGGGCGUCAACACGGAAGAGCACAUGACCGGAAAGAUUUUGCGGCUGAUCGUCUCAGAUUCGCGCGGGCACAACUACCCCCGGCUGGAUGCGGCCUACUCGGAACGGUUGAGCGACUGGAGGAUUCCCUACAGCCGUGAGGCCAACGUGGUGCUAGGGGAUUCGCAAAAGCUCGGGAUUCCCCUCAAGCAGUGUUGUUCCUUCGUCAUCCAGGCUUACACGGGAGCGAACUUUUUCAACCAGUACCAAGAGAUUACGGAACGAUUCGUCUCUCGAAACUGCGUCGUGUUUGCAGCAAAUAUGCACGAGCACCUGUACGGUGAGCAAAAUAUCGAAGGAUCAACCAACAACAGCGAAAGCACGAGAUGAGUCUAGGUAGCAUGUUGAGUUUUUGAUUCGAUAUCUUCACAACAUCAUAACGUUGAUUGUUGGAAGAAAAAAGAAACUGCGUGCGAAUACUGAAGAAAAUGUAUACAUAGUGCUUACGUUACGAAAUAAAAAUGAAUCAGAAUCGAUGAUCAGCUUCCAACUUCAAUGCAAUCAAGAUCUCUUAGGGCCUUGAACCCAACACAAUAUAAGAAAGAACAAAGCUCAUAACUGCAACUCCAAGAAAAUUUAUUUCGAAAUCAGAACGAAAAUAAGAAGACGCGAGACAUGCACGCUUGCAGAGCGAGCCGAAAAGAGAAC